UAUACUCCUUAUGUUUGAAAUGUAAAAAAUUAUGACUAUGGCUAGAACUCCAACAAUCAAAUAGAUUUGUGAAACUUUAUGCUACUUAACCAUAAACAUAGUACUAUUAGCAUUUUAUGCUUCUAUCCCUGAAGCUUUCAGUGAUGAUAUGACUAAAUAUAGAGGUCUAUCUAUUGCCGGCAAUGUUUUUAUGAUGAUUGGAUAUUUGUUAAUAGUAGCACUCCAUUUCAAAUACAUUUUUUACGCGGCUUUAGGGAUAAUAGCAAUUAUGAAUUUUGGGAUGUUUUUGUUAUUAAUUGGUAUGGGUAUUGGAGCUAAGGAAUAUGAGGUAUCACUUUAAUAUAAUUAUUUAUAGAUUUUCACGUUCAAUAUCGCAGUUGCAUUUUGGUUCAUUCAAUUGGCAAUAGACAUCUUGGGAAUGUUGGUGGUUCACAAAAUAUACAAAAUUAAUUAGGAUGAAUAAAAUGACAAAGUCCCACAAUAAAAUAAUGAAGCAAAUAAGGCUGCAAAUAAUGCUUCUUAGCCUCAAGUUCAAUUAUGA